AUGAAGGAAACGGAUCGAUUAUUUGAUGAACCUAAUGAAUUUAGUGAUUUUAAGCUUGAAGAGAAUUUCUUUGAUAAAAUUCAUCUUAUUUAUAUCUGUAGUGUUUUAUUACAAUUUUCAUUUUCUGAUAGUAAUACUGUAAUAUUUAAUGUCUCUUUCCAUAAUAUUUAUACAGGGUACAAUUAUUACGAUUGGGACAUAUCCGAAUUGGGUGUAAACGUAUCAACGCCUGAAGAAUGCGCGCGGCCUUGUAGAAAUAACGAAGCACCAAAAAUUUGUUACUACAAAUUCCACAUUGCUUACUACACGACAGUAGGACCUGCUUGCGAUGAAAAAGCUUUCCUAAGUCAGUGUAUUUAUGGUGAUGGAUUUGAAAAAACAGUGCUACCUAUUAAUCGACAAAUACCAGGUCCAAAAAUUGAGGUGUGUAAAAAUGAUAGAAUCAUAGUCGACGUAGAAAACGCAGCAUCGGGUGUGGAAAUUUCAAUCCACUGGCACGGACUUUACCAAAAUGGAUUUCAAUAUUAUGAUGGUGUUCCUUAUGUUACUCAAUGUCCAAUUCAUUCCUCAUCGACGUUUAGAUACGACUUCGUGGCGCAAAAUCCAGGAACGCAUUUCUAUCAUUCCCACAUAUCAACGCACAUGUUAGACGGGCAAUACGGUCCUCUUAUUAUAAAACCACCUCUAAACCAAGAACCUUUCUUAAAUUUAUAUGAUAAAGAUGAACAUAUAAUGGUCCUUAGCGAUUGGAUGCAUGAAUUGUCAUUGGAACGUUUCCCUGGUCGGUACAGGCAUAAUUUAGGACAAUUUGCGGAUAAUAUAUUGAUAAAUGGUCUGGGACAUUCUAAGGUAUUUCAUCUGCAGGCACCAUUGGCAACAUUUACGGUGACAAAAGGAAAACGGUAUCGAAUGCGUAUAAUCAACGCCUUUACCACAGUAUGCUUGGCAGAAUUAAGGAUACAGGAUCAUGAUUUUCUUGUAAUUGCACAGGACGGUGCAAACGUGAGACCUAAAAAAGUGAACGCCAUUGUUACAGCUGCAGGAGAACGAGUAGAUGUCAUUUUGAAUGCAAAUAAACCUGUGGACACUUACUGGAUACAAGUACGAGGUCUCGGGGAAUGUCAAAAUACAAAAGUACAACAAUUAGCUAUGUUACAGUACAGAAAUGGUCCUUCGAAACCGUCGAAACCAGCACCUACUUAUGAUCAGGAGCCAACUGGCGUUAUAUACAACUCGGAAGAUUCAACAAAGUGUAAUACGAAGGAUACAUCAAAAUCGGUUUGUGUCAAUCAAUUUGAGAGUAUAGAGGAAGAUGACAGAGAUCUUUAUAAAAUCGAGCCAGAUGAGCGACACAUAAUGAACCUUUGGUUCUACAAUUAUACCGAAUAUGGCAAUUAUCCUCUGUUUGCACCGAAUUCAACUCGCCCCUUUUUCAGUGCCACUGAUAAAUCUCAAAUUGUUUCUAUGUUCAACGACAUCACGUUUGAGCCACCAGCUUCUCCCUUCAUCUCACAACCCAGAAAUACUUAUCAAGCCAUGUGUAAGCGGAAUCAACCCAGCACGUGCACUGAACCUUGUACAUGCGCUGAAGUUAUUCAUACAAAAUUGAAUAAUGUUGUGGAAUUAGUAAUUUAUGAUGCAGUGCCACAGGACGAUAUUCAUCACCCAAUGCAUCUACACGGAUACCAUUUUAAGGUCUUUAGCGUAGGUCAAUUCACCGAUGGCAGAAAUCUAUCAAGAAGCGAUAUGAAUGCAGUAGUUAGGCAACACACGCAACGCCUACAACGAGGAGAGUACCGCAAUGUACCUCUUAAAGAUAAUGUCAAAGUACCCCUCCGUGGAUAUGUGAUUCUACGUUUUAAGGCAAACAAUCCAGGAUGGUGGCUAAUUCAUUGUCACUUUACUUGGCAUCACAUCACUGGAAUGGAACUUAUCAUCCACGUCGGCGACCAAGGAGAUCUUCCACCACCUCCGCCUGGUUUCCCGAAAUGCAGCAAUUGGAAACCACCAUUGCUCGCUCUGCACGAGUUUUAUGGUUUUGGACAUCCAGAUUACUAUUACUUUCACCAGUGAAUAGAAUGUCUUUCCUCGCCUCUUUAUGUUUUCCUGUUUUAUUUAUAAAACGGUGCUAAAUCAUUUCUUUAUGAGAACAUAAUUUAUGGUACACUGAAUCUUAUACAGUUAAUCAAGAUUAAAGGCAAUAGAAGGAAUUAUAAAAUAAACACGAGAUACAGUGAA